AUCAGCAAGUUUCUUCCGGGUUAUUUCUGUUCGUCGCAUUCAACUUUAACGUUCAUAAUGGCAGCAGCGAUGGAUGUGGAUACACCGAGCGGUACAAAUAGCGGAACAAGCAAGAAACGAUUCGAAGUGAAGAAGUGGAAUGCCGUGGCUCUGUGGGCGUGGGACAUUGUCGUAGAUAACUGUGCUAUCUGUCGAAACCACAUCAUGGAUCUCUGUAUAGAAUGCCAGGCCAACCAAGCUUCUGCCACUUCUGAAGAGUGCACUGUGGCCUGGGGUGUCUGCAAUCACGCCUUCCAUUUCCACUGUAUUUCUCGCUGGCUGAAAACCAGACAGGUGUGCCCUCUGGACAACAGGGAGUGGGAGUUUCAGAAAUAUGGACACUAACUGGCUGUGUAGUUGUUUCUUUGCUUUAGCAUAUAUCAUCAUUCUGCCCCUGUUCCAAUCUGCCUGUAGUCCUAAUAAUUUUACAGCCAUGUCUUUGUUUUGGAUAUGUACAUGAAUAAAAUAUUGUCACAACACA